UCCUCCUCCUCCCCCUCCCCCACUGGUCUGUCUGCCACGCGCGUUGCUCUCGUGUUCCUGGCCUGGACAGUGACGUCAUUCCUGUGCCACCAACUGGCCAAGAGCUUCCUCACCGAGACUCAUCUCGACAUCUUCGGUUCCCGCUCUCUGCAGGGAAACCUGGAGCCUUUCUUGUUGGCGCUCUUUCUUACUCUCGUGCAGUGUUGUGUGUGUUUGUUGAUGGUCCGGAACCCUGUGCUGGACUCAUGUGACUCUGACGUACGCGUCAGCGUGGUCAUUGUGACGUCACAUCUCCUAGCAACGCUGACCACAAACUACAGCAUGGUCUACAUUCAGGCCGCGUCCACAUUCGCCAUCAAACUGACGGAGCCUGUGGUGAUGGCUGUAGCCAAGCUCUCCCAGGAUCAGUCUCCGCUCUGCCAAGACACUGACCGGCGUCCUGCUGUCCCUAGCUCUGACGUCAUUUGUGGUAAACUAUCUGGAGACCUGGGAGGUUCUGGCCGUGACGUCUUCCAGGCUUCUGACCAUGGCCUUGACCUCUGCCCUCUUCCACGUGACAUAUUCCUACCUGUCCACCUGCGUGGUUUUAAAGCUGAUGGACGUCAUAAGCCACUCGGUGUGCAACAUCUUCAAACGUCUACUGGUCGUCUGGCUUCUCUACUCCUGUGGAGCCCGGUCUGCCACGGGAUUGAACCUCCUUGGUCUCUUCUUCGCCGGCCUGGGCCUAGCACUCUACCUGCACGGAAAGCUGGGGUAUGGUCACGUGACAGAGUGUGUCCGUCGACCAAUCAUCAUCUCGCUCGCUGACUGGGUCAAGAGUAGUGUCAUGGUGGCGUUGAUUCUUCUCCUAGUUUUAGCGGGGCUGAAGACCUCGCAGUGCGGAAAGACCUUAGAUUUGGGUAGGGUUCUGGGACAGUCGCAUAUUUCCUUAUCUGCAGGAUACGUGGUGCAGAAGGUAGGUUUCGAACCUGCGCCUUUCGCGAUUAGGAAAAUGUCAGCUGUGGAUGGCGACGAGGAAGAUCUGAAAGCUGUGGUACUUCCGGGAGUGAGCGUGGAAACGUUCAAGACGUGGCGCUUGUUGGAGCAUCCCACACACACCGACUUCUUGUCGCAUACACUUACAGACAACAGGGCGGUCGUGGGGGAGGCGCAGAGAGUUCUGCUCAAUCUCCUCUCUGAUAUCAUUGGCUCAGCCAGUCACGUGAUGCUCAUGGAGAUAGCGACGUAUGAGAACAAAGGAGACCCAGCCAUAGCAACAGGGGAGGUAAUGUUACUACGCAAGCUGAACAAAACCGUGGUGUACUAUUGUGAAACUCACACGUGUACUAACGGCAAUCUGAACUACGCUUUGAAGAUUGACUCACGUUAUGCGGCAGGCGAUCUGGUCGUGUUGAUGCAAGGGGGUGGGAACUUGGUCGGUUAUCAGAGCAACGACGUCGUGAGGCGGCGAGUCCUGGAGAGGUUCCCUCACCGGAAGCUGGUUCUCCUGUCUCAGAGCAUCUGGAUCCACCCGAAGAACCACGCCCACUUACAGGAGUGUCGGAAAAUUUAUUCCAACCGCCCAAACCUGAUCAUGCUACUCCGGGACCGCCAGUCCUUCGCCCUGGCCAGACAACAUUUCAACGGCACGCGGCUGGUCCUGGCACCGGAUAUGGCGUUUGGGAUAGGCCUCAUCCCCCGCCAGCUCCCGCCAACUCUGGACAUCGUCUGGCUCCGGCGAGACGACCACGAGUCCACCAGAUACGAGUUGCCGCCCUUCCCAGACGAUCUAGCGAUACACGUCGGGGACUACGUCCACGACUGGAACUCGAACCGGGGCCAUACAGACAUGGAGACCUCUUUCCUCAUCGCCUCUGCAGGUUUACAGUAUCUCCAGAGAGGCAGAGUGGUCAUCACUGACCGGCUCCACGGCCACAUCCUGUCCACUCUGCUGGACAUCCCGCAUGUGCUGAUCGACAACCCACCCUACUUCAAACUGUCGUCCUUCCACAGGUCCUGGACGCAGGCUCUCACCAAUACCGCCAUGGUCACCACGGGGCACCAGGCUUUGGCGGAGGCGCGUAAAAUGCUGCAACGUUACUCUUCCUCUCUCCCGCCUGUUGCGCCUUAUAUGCACGCCCCAUCUGUAGAUCCUGGCGCUUCCUAUUUGUGGCUUUUCCUCAAGUACAACCGUCUGUACAUUAUGUUGUGUGCGCUACUGCCCGCUCUCGGGUACGUCAUCUGGCAGAGGCGACGCCAACUAGUGGUUGUGUGCCGAGCGUGUAGAAUAGGAAGAACUCAGCAGCAAUCUCAAGACAAAAGUACCGUGUGACCCGGUGUUUGCUCACUUUACAAUCACGCUCCAUCUCUGAACGGAUACUUCCUUCAGAAGUUGACAAAAAGACUCAAUUCACGACUUAAUAAUUCCAAACAAUCCGAUAGAAGGCCUUUUGGCCUGUGUCUGUUCCAUAGACCUGUAUAAUAAUCCAAGACUCUGCUCUCUAAUGUAAUUCCGGUUCAUCGAGGAGUGCACCAUUUGAAUCUGCAUGUAUUUGGAACCAAAUGAAGAACAAGGAGGAAAAGUCUGCUGGCGUACUCUACUGCAGUGAGACUGGUAUUUUGCUCUUCAAUUUUACAACCAUGAUGCGCACCAGAGCAGCAAAGUUUUGAUAGGGCGCAAAAUUCUGCAGCCAAGACAGUACCCGGUCCAGGGUAUCAUAGUUCAAGUCUAUGGAGUUGCCAAACGUGAAGUAUUUGUCAGUGCAAAAGUUGAUAAUGGGACGAAAUUCACGAGACAAACUUUCCGAACAUUCUACAUUGGCGUCCGUAUGGUGUAGCGAGGCACUUCACUGCCGCACGCAGGAGACCCGAGUUCGAUUUCCGAAUAGUGAAAAAAACCCAACUUCAUCAAGUAAAUCUCUGUCUUUCAACCGAGAUGUUGUAUCCCUCUCAGCCCUGGUUGACCCUGACAGGCAGGGUAGGAAGCCUGCAGUCAUAAAUUAUCUAAGUUAUGUUUUUAGAGAUGUAAAAACACCUGCUUUUGUAUUAAAAACUACAGAACAUUCUGGAA